AUGGGCAAGGGAAAUGAGCCAGAUAUGAAAAAAGAAGAAGUUGCUGAUCAUGGUUCGUCGCGUGUGGAUGACCUAGAAUCUCGUUCUCGACUUAGUGUGGAGAGGGAGAUGGGAUUGCCAUGUUGUCGCGUGUGCCAGUGUGCUGAGUCUGAUAAGCGGGGAGACGCUGCACUGGAGUUUUUGGGCAUUACCAAGGGGGAAGUAAAGUCUGAUGACAAGGGAGUUCCGGAAGAUACCGUUCUGAACAGAAACUUCGAAAGUAAAGCGGGGACGAUGGAAUUUGUAGGCCCUGAUGGGGAGGUUUUUGUAUGUAAGAAUGAUUUGGAAAAUGGUUUGUCUCAUGAAGAUACGUUACUAGAACUUGGUUGUUCUUGUAAAAAUGACCUUGCUUUGGUACACUAUGCUUGUGCACUCAAGUGGUUUAUCAACCAUGGAUCUACCAUUUGUGAAAUAUGUGGACAUGUAGCAAAUAAUAUCAAGAUAUCUGACUUCAACAAGGUUGUUGGUUCUUUGAAAGAGUAUGAAGCGUUGAGGGAAAGAACUGUCAACGGAGAUCCUGGUCCUGCGCAAGAUCAUCCAAAUACUAGUGUGGAUCCUGAUGCCGUGGCUGCUAUUCGGAGGCAACGGUUGAGUGAAAUUGCACUAUGGUUUUGUCCUCAUAAUAGCAGUAACUUAAACGACAAUAGCAAUGCCGACUCAGUUUCACAGCUUGUUUCUCAACAGCCUUUGAAUAUUUUUAUCGAAGAAGCUGGACCCGAACAGAACACUGCAACUAAGUGGGCCGUAGAAGGUACUGGGAUCCUGCUUGCUACAGGGCUGCUUACCAUCACCCUUGCAUGGCUUAUAGCUCCUCGUGUUGGGAAGAAAACUGCAAGAAGUGGUCUUCACAUCUUACUUGGAGGUGUUUGUGCUUUAACAGUGGUGAUUUUUUUCCGCUUCUUUGUGCUUACCAGAAUCAAGUACGGACCUGCACGUUAUUGGGCAAUAUUGUUUGUUUUCUGGUUUCUUGUCUUUGGAAUAUGGGCUUCUCGGACACACAGUGCCAAUACAACAUGA